UUCCCCAUAUGCCUCGUUACUUUUUCAGUUCUCCUAUUCUCAAAUUAUUCCUUCUCCUCUAUUCUUUCCACACUAUUUGACUCUCCACAAAACUUUUUCCUCAGAACUCAGAUCCGAAUCAUACUAAAUUUCCCUUUCCUUUCAAAUUCUUUUCUUAUAUUCUUCUUCUUCUUGCUUCCUAUCCUAUCAUAUCCUAGCUUACUUUCUUUUUCUCGUUCUUGCAACUUUCACCAUCAAAACCAGCUUCAACAACUGUUGCUUGGGUGGUUUCGGUUUAGUGAUGAGAUUGCCAUUUAGUGGGUAAAUCGGAUAGUGGGUAUUUUCUAAAGUCGUGAUUUUGAAGCGGAAAAAAGAAGAUGGAACGGAAUCAGAAGAAGAUGGACCACGUCAUCGGCGGAAAGUUUAAGUUGGGUAGGAAACUCGGCAGCGGAUCGUUCGGUGAACUUUAUUUAGGGAUCAAUAUUCAGACUGGAGAAGAAGUCGCAGUUAAGCUGGAAGCUGUGAAGACGAGGCAUCCUCAACUGCAGUAUGAGUCGAAGAUAUAUAUGCAUCUCCAAGGAGGAACUGGUGUUCCCCAUCUCAAAUGGUUCGGAGUCGAGGGUGACUACAGUUGCAUGGUUAUCGACCUUCUUGGCCCCAGCUUGGAGGACUUAUUCAAUUACUGCACUCGAAAGUUUACUUUGAAAUCUGUUUUAAUGCUUGCAGAUCAGUUGAUAUGCAGAGUUGAGUACACGCAUUCACGGGGUUUUCUUCACCGUGAUAUUAAACCGGACAACUUUUUGAUGGGUCUUGGGCGCAAAGCAAACCAGGUUUAUAUCAUCGAUUAUGGCCUUGCUAAAAAAUACAAGGAUUUUCAAACACAAAAACAUAUACCAUACAGAGAAAACAAGAAUCUAACAGGAACUGCACGGUAUGCAAGUGUCAACACGCACCUUGGCAUUGAGCAAAGUAGAAGAGAUGAUCUGGAGUCACUUGGUUAUGUGUUGAUGUAUUUUCUACGAGGAAGUCUUCCGUGGCAAGGGUUAAAAGGUGGGACAAAGAAGCAGAAGUAUGACAAGAUUAGUGAAAAGAAGAUGCUUACUCCUGUAGAGAUUCUGUGCAAGUCACAUCCAUCAGAGUUCACCUCCUAUUUCCAUUACUGUCGAUCACUGAGAUUUGAGGACAAACCAGAUUAUUCAUAUCUGAGAAGACUUUUCAGAGACCUUUUCAUUCGUGAAGGUUACCAGCUGGACUACGUGUUUGAUUGGACAACCUUGAAAUAUCCUCAGACUGGCUCUACUUCGAGACCAAGGCUGACUCCAAGACCAGCCUUGGACCCGGACCCUCCAGGACCACCUGCAGAAAAAUCUGAAAAAACUACAGUGGGACAAGACCUCAGAGGAAGAUUUUCAGGGGCAAUAGAGGCAUUCACCAGACGAAAUGUUUCAAGCCAAGGCGCUCAUGGUGACCGCUCUAGACAAAGAUCUUCUGAUGAUGUACCCUCUUCUUCCAAAGAAGUGCACGAGUCUGAUAGAAACCAUUCUUCAAAGAGAGGUGUGAUGUCACCUGGCUCCUCAGCUGAGCCAAGCGAGAACCACUCAAGCCGAUUAUUUUCAAGUGGAUCACGGCUCGCCACAACUCAGCCGAACUAUGAGUCUAAGCCAUCAUCUGGAAGGCCUGGGCACGAUUAUGUCAUUAGAAGCUUUGAGCUUCUUACCAUUGCGAAGAACAGGAAAUAAAGAUAAGGACGGAGAGAGUUGAUAAGAAUGAAGAGACAUGUACAUGCUUCGGGAUUGAAAGAAAUAAUCUUAGCUUGGUUCUCCCAAUCUCUCAUUGUUUGUGUUGAAGAGACAUGUACAGUUUUCUUUUUGGCUCUUUCUGUUUUCUAAAACUUCAUUGUAGAGAUUUGAACUGUAAUAUGGAAACAUUUUAAAGUUGUCAAACAUUAAUGGCAAAUGUUGUACACUGUA